GCUUGGUUCCGUCUUCGACGUCCGAAACUCACCGACUAUCCGAUGAGGAACGUGCGUCCCGGACACUCACGUGACUCCUUCAUGAUUGGCAUAUUCCCCCUGGCGCGCAAUGUCGACAUGUUUGUGGACAGUUUGGAUUUGGGCUAUGAUUACGAUGACAUGCUCUUCGGCAAACACGCGCACAAUCACAUGCCUCCGAUCCGAGCGUAUGUGUGA